UCUCCACAACGUCAUAUAUAGCAGUGUGCGUCUAACCUGUGCUUCAUUGCCAUGAAAAGAUAACAAUUCGAAACGCAAGAGAUAAAACCCUGGCUUUGUUCAUGUUGACCUUCAUCAGUAUAAAAUAGCAACUGAAUCGUAAAAAUGCAAUCUCCACGUGAGCGCAGCGGUUUUCGUGUCAGAAGAUCAUGGGAGGGCAACUUUCCGGUAUUCAAGAAGCCGAACGUCAUUGGAUACUGGAGUGUUGAUGGAUCUAGAGCGUUGUGUCAUGAUGCGUCUCGUUUACAGUAUUAUUCGCCCCCACAAACGAGAGACGUUAAAUUUGAUUUGGAUCGAGGGAUUGAAUUGGUUCACAGGAAGCCUGGGAAUCUUGAUGAAAGGAUUUCACAUAUCCUGGAGUGGAUCAAGUGGAAUUAUCCGAAAAUUCGGGCAAAUCCAGAGUCUGGGAGAUGGCUCCAGCCAAACUUCAUUUGUUACCGGGGCUUGCUCACAAAAAUCAUGAAGACACCGUAUGACAACCGAGACGGCUGGAUAAUUUGUGCUUCAAAAUGGAGGGGUAGUAUUUAUCUCUGCGCUUUCGAUACAGAGGCUGAUAAGGAGGCCAAAGCUAUUGAAACCCCGAGGCAGAAGCAAAUGGCAUCAUGGGGAUUCAAAUUUGAACAGUAUAUUCUAGCAGAUGCACCCGGGGGUUCACCAGAUGCCUCUAGACCAGUCGAUGAAUGUGAGGAAUUCAGUUGUGUAUUUCAAACUCGCCUGACGCAACAUUGGCUGCUCUACGGUGCUGAGAUGGAUGGGGUAUGGUCUGAUGAAAAAUUGGAAGACCCUCUGCCUCUGGAUAAACUGAAAUUUGUCGAAUUGAAAACGAGCAGGAUCGUGGAGAACGAUCGUCAGUUGAUGUCAUUGGAGAGGCAUAAAUUUCUCAGAUGGUGGUGUCAGAGUUUUCUCGUUGGAAUUGAGAGCAUUCUGUGUGGAUUUAGAGAUGAUGCCGGAGUUGUUCGAGAAUUGCAAAAUUAUAAAAUAGCUGAUAUUGCACGUAAUUGCCAGAAAUAUUGGAAAGCUGCCUCAGCGAUGAACUUCUGUGACCAUUUUCUACGACACGUUUCCAGUAAUGUGAUUAAUGAUUGUGACAGAACAAUUUAUAAAUUUGAAAGAGUUCCGAACGGUGAUAUUUUUAUGACUGAAGUUCCUCCAACACCGGAUUAUGCAGUUCUGCCACCUUGGUAUAUGGCAAUUCCCCCUUGAAAGUACAUCAGAAUGCAAUGCGAUUUAUUCGCAUGUUGGAUUAUCUCAUACACAUGAACGCUUCUUGUACGGUCUGAGAAGAAUUUAUAUUUUUUUGAAAAAAUGCAGAUAAAAAUAAACCAAAAAAUAUAAAACAA